AUGGAUAUUCCUGAACAUACGUUAUCGAGGAGAGAAGGGUCAGCCGCCCCGCAUAAUUCAUCAACUGCAGAAGCAUCUGAUACACCUGUUGCAUCAUCUCGGGGUAGCCAGCCAAUACAUAGGCAGGUUGAACAAGAAGUACAGGGGCUAGAAAUGAGACCAAGGGGUAAAAAUUUUAAAGAACUACGAAAGAUGGGAGCCGUUGACUUUGUUGGGACUACUGAUCCUGCCGAGGCUGAGAUAUGGUUGAAGAGGACAGAGCGUGUGUUUAAUCAGAUGGGUUGUAUUACAGAAGAACGUUUUGAUUAUGCAGUGUCUCUUCUUCAGGGCGAUGCUUACUAUUGGUGGGAGACUGUCCCACGAGCUAUGAUACAUCCUCCAGUACUCAGUUGGGAUGACUUCUUGAGAGAGUUCAGUGAUAAGUAUAUGCCACCAGUGUAUCGUGAUGAGAAGCAAAGAGAGUUUUUGUCCCUUAAACAAGGAUCUAUAUCAGUUGCAGAUUAUGAAGUGAAGUUUACUCAGCUUUCUCGUUAUGCAUCGGCAUUGCUACCUACAGAACAAGAUAAGUGCAGACGUUUUGAAGAAGGAUUGAUAUACGAGAUAAGAAGCAAAAUCACACCUUCAGACUUUCGUACUUAUAAUGAUCUACGUGCAGCAGCUAUACGAGCAGAAAGACUAGUGAAAGAAAGACAUGUGUAUAUUCAAAGACAAAAGAGGGGACCACCGGAGUAUAGGGGUGAAUCAAGCUCGAACAUUUCAAAAAGGCCUAGUUCUUUUUCUUCGGCAUCGAGUUUCAGUAGAGGAGGUAAAUUGGGUCAAAGAGGCGGACGUGCACCACCUUUUAGUUAUGAGUGGGGACGAGGAUCUGGUGUGACAGUACGUGCACGACCUUUAUGCGUGCACUGUGGACGACCACAUACAGGAGAGUGUCGACUAAUUAUAGGAGGUUGCUUUCACUGCGGUCAACAAGGACACUAUUAUAGGGAAUGCCCACUUCGGCCUAACAUGAUAUCGAGUGGAAGAGCAGCGACGGAACCAACAGUACAGAAUGUGCGACCCGCAGCAUCGAGUGCAAGUAAUAAUCGAGGUCGUGGAAGAGGACAGACUAUGAGUGCAAGUAUUAGAAAGAAAUGA